UUCAGGUUUAAUGGUUCGAGAAGCCGUUACCUAAGGCCCAUAUGACGCACUGCAAAUAGGUCCGUAGUUAUUAUAUAUGAAAACUCUUAAAUUCUUUUUUCUUUUGAAAGAGGGGUGUUCAUAUUAUUUGUUUGUUCCUAAAACCCUACCAAAAUCUCAGCAUUUAAGUCCUAAGACCCUGCAAAUCGGGCCUUCCAGAGGAACAAGCUGCGGUAGGGCGACAUGGAACCGGAGAUGGUGAUUGCGUCAUCUUCAGUCGACGCCGGCAUAGGCUGCUGGGACCUCAAGACGGGUGCUAAGCAGUCGCUCCAUUACAAAUCCUGCGCCUCCACUCGCCACGGCCUUUCCGCCGUCGGCAGCCGCUUCCUCGCUUCUUCUCAGCUUCGAGACCCUAAGCUCGCUUCUGGUUUCAUUUACUACUGGUCUUGGUCCAAGCCGGGAGUGGAAGUGAAGAGCUUUGUGGAGGAGCCCAUAAAGCCUAUAGCUGCUAAUCGUGAAGGGACAUACCUUGUUGGUGGAGGGAUUUCCGGAAAGAUCCCCGGAAACAUAUAUCUUUGGGAGGUUGCUACUGGUAGAUUGCUUAAGAAAUGGCGUGGGCAUCUCCGGCAGGUCACUUGUCUGGUAUUCAAUGACGACGAUUCGCUUUUGGUUUCUGGGUCGGAGGAUGGCUCUGUCAAAGUGUGGGCACUUUUGAAGAUGCUUGAUGAUCAACAAACAGACGAUCCAUACUUGUAUAGCUUUGCAGAGCACACUUUGCCUAUAACUGACUUGGUGAUAGGUUAUGGAGGAUGGAACGCAGUUAUCGUUUCUGCCUCUGAGGACCGAACUUGUAAGGUAUGGAGCCUCUCUAAGGGUGAAUUGUUGAGAAGUGUUGUGUUUCCAUGCAUAAUCAAUGCAAUAGUCUUGGACCCUGGGGAAACUGUCUUCUAUGCUGGUGGUAAAGACGGGAAGAUAUAUUUGACUGCUCUUAGUGCUAGUAGCUCCUCCAGCAAAAGUCCUUGGUUGCACAUCAUCGGUUCAUUGUCUAGUGGAAGUAAGAACUUGAACGAGGCUGUGACUUCCUUAGCAUACAGUACCAGUAAAAACUGGUUGCUUGCUGGAUCAGAGGAUGGAUCAAUUCGAAUUUGGGACCCCAAGAACAUGAGCCUCAUUCGCGGGUUCAAUCAUGAAAAAGGUCCAGUGAACAAUCUCCAGGUCAUAAGGCGACGGAAGUCUUCACUACCACCCAAACUGUGGACACCCCAAAAUACUAAAGAUGCCGAUUCACCCACUGAGGCAAUCAUUACCUUGCCGCAUAUCAACAAUAAUCUUCUUGAUGCUGCAUAUGUCACCUCUCAAUUGAUCAACGACCAACUCAAAGAACUUCAGCAAAAGGGUUCUUCAACUGCGGCUGAGAUGGGAGUGGCAAAGCUGAAGCAUGAUCUUGCAGAGUCUAGACAAAUGACGAAGAGAUUGAAGAAAACUCACGACCUUCUGCAUGAAUUCUGCAUUGACGAGCUAUUGGAGGGUAAUCGCCCCUCAAAAGGGUAGUGUUGAUCAGGCUCUUUAGUAAUGAGCUCGCAAGUAAAUCUCUUUUGGAUGCUUAAGCUAGGUAGUUACUGUAGCUGUUAGUUUCGUUCAUUUCAUCUCUGUUUUUACGAUUGGUAUUUAUUUACAAUUCAAACCGUACUCUGAGUGAUGAGCUAAACUCAAUGGCAGUUAAUCAGUUGUAUAGGAAGAAUUUGCUUGUUUUGCAAGGACCUGCAUUCUCCAGGUGUGGACGUGUGGUGAUGUCUAGUAUAUAGUUAAUCUAUUGUGUUAAUGCUGGAAAUAUCUA